AUGGACCGCAUGACGCGCAGUCUACGCGUGUUCUCGCCCUAUUUUCUCCCUGAUCCACUGGAGGGCGUAGUCUCCGUGUGCGCCGGGUUUAAUCUUCGCAACUCGAUGCGACGCGCCGACAUGAAUGCACUGGCCGCGAAGGAUCAGGACGACGCUGGCCUGCCACUCGACCUCUUGGAUGCUGACGGUGCCGCCCCCUCUCCUCCCCUUCCCGCAUCUUCGCACGUCGCUAUCGCCGCUCUCAUCAUGAAUGGCGUAGCGAAUGUUAUCGAUAUGUGCAGCGUGUCCAGCGCCUCUGCAUCGGCCUCUCCUUCAUUAUCCACUCUGCCCACCGUGUACCCCUCGGAGCCUACUGCUUCGCCUUUGCCCUCUACCAGCACCUCUGCUACGGAGGGGCCAUCUCUGUCCUCGAUUCCACCAACACGACCCUCCAAGACCGGUAGAAACAAACGCGUUACGAACCGUCGUCGUCGGCAGAGGGAGGAUGAGCGAUCCGUCGAAGAAGAACACCAGGGACAUCCGGCCACCAGGGAGCCGCUGUCUUUUCCGCAACGGUUAAUCAAGAAGUAUGGCGCGGUCAAGGAAACCGUCAAGGUGAGCUGGUUCUCGGUACCCGAGUUUGCACAUGCCGUCGGUGCAUUCAUCGGGCUUCGAGUCUUUGAGGCCGCUAAGGGUGCGGGCUGGACGGCUGAAGAGCUGCUGAAAACGCAAGGGUUCACAAAGAGCUUUGCACUGGUUGACAGCCUUGGCCACAUCAUUGCAAGGUGCAUCGGCUUCCCGCCCGACCCGGAUUGGACCUCGUACUGUGAAGGCGCGUGUGCGGCGAUGGAUCAGGCCCUCAAAAAGAUGGCGACCCCUCAAAACGAUCCAAACGGCCGUCGUGGGUUGUUCGAGACAAUAUAUACGGGCUUCUCUAUGGGCGGCGGCCAGAGGUGGCCCAUGCCCAUCGACAUGAGGUCCGUGAAGAACAAGAGAACCGUUCAGGAUCUCUGCCAAGAUCCAAACAUCCAGAGAAUCGCGCAUCAUGGCAGCACAUCCUACGCCUUCACGUCACCUAAGGCCUUCUCUUUUAUCGACAUGGUGCUCUCCUUCGUCGAGAAGAAGAUCGAAAGCCUCGGACUCCCCUCCCUGUUCCGCCCCUUUCCAUUCAGUGUCUUCCCCGCCGUCACAUUCAACCUUGGAUGGAAUGUCUGGACCCACCUUCACCGCGACUACAACAACCUGAUCUUCGGCAUGUCCCAUGGAAAUACCCCCCUCGCCGACCCGGAGACCGAGUUCCGCAAGUCGUUCACCCAGUACGUUCCGGGCGGCCUUGUGCGUUGGUGGGCGUAUGGAUAUCGGACGGCGGAGGAGUUCGAAGCGGAAGAUCGUAAAGGCUGGGCAAAGAUGCGCCGGGAAGCAGACACACGGUGGGAGGAAGCUUGCGGAAUGUUCUCCAAGGUGGAGGAUCUUCAAUUGGACGUUUCUAACUACUUGUCUAUCAUUCCGGAGCCGGAGUCUGAGCUGGAGGGGCCUCUCGAGGAUGAGAACGCGUAG